ACUCUGUGUUUCCCUGUGAGGACAGGGGGGCGGGGACAUGAAGCCUGUGUGUGCAGGGCAGCAGCUCCUGCUGACAGCAGCAGCUGUCCCUCUGUGAGCAGAGCCUGGAGCUCUUGGAGCUGCUUGCACCUGAACAUGUCUCCGCUGCAGCUGUCCGUGUACUGGCGCCUCUCCCUCGUCUUCUUCUUCACCUCUUUCCUCUUCUUUCUCGACAUUUUCACCGCCGCCGUCGUCGUUGAAACUUGUCACCAUGGCAACGGCACCGACCCACCGCACGGAACGCUGGGACGGAACACCGAGGGCAACCAAUCAGAGCCCGGCACCGAGAGCGGGAACCAAGACUCAGUGUGUGCUUGGACAGACUGGCUGCCAUACGCUCAGACUCUCUACAUGGUGGGGCUGCUGCUGGGAUCUCUGGUGGGAGGAGCUUUAUCCGACCGGUACGGGAAGCGUCCGGUGUUAUUGGUGUGUGUGUGCACGCACGCCGUCUGUGGCCUGGUUCCCGCCGUCCUUCCUCAGCCCUUCCUCUUCCUCGCUGUGCGCUGCCUGACCGGCGUCUGCUGCUGCUGCAUCAACAUCUGCUCCUUCAGUCUGGCGGUGGAGUGGACUCAGCCCGCAGCUCGCCUCUGGCCGCCGGCCUUCCUGCCGUUCUGCUUCAGCUUGGGGACGAUGGGAGGAGCUCCGCUGGCCUGGCUCAGCCCCACCUGGAGACAGCUGCACCUGUCGCUGGCUCUGCCUCAGCUCGUCUGUCUGCCACUCUACCUGUCGCUCCCUGAGUCUCCUCGCUGGUUGUUGUUGAGGCGGAGGAUGGAUGUUCUUGACAGUUACCGUAACAACAGCCCUGCAGAUAAACAGUGUCUGGACUUGCUGUUGGACUCGGCCUGGUCCGACCUGCAGAAAGCCCCCGAGGCUCAGAAGGAGGCGGCGCCGGGAGGCCACGUCCCCAGUGACAUCAUCCACCUGAGACAUCCGACCGUGCUGCUGCGGCUGUUCAUCAUGAGCUACCUGAGUGCGGCAUCAGCGCUGACGUACUUUGGGAUCUGCAUGAACAUCGGUUCGUUCGGCGUCGGCGUUUACUCCGCCCAGUUCUUCUCCGGCCUAUCAGAAGCUCCCUGCCUGCUCGUCCCUUUGGUCCGCCUGGGACGCCGGCCAAUCAGCAUGCUCGCUCUGUUCCUGAGCGGAGUGGCCUGCUUCCUGUCGUUACUGCUGUCCAGAUACAACGGCGAGCCGGUGCUGGUGAUGAGUCUGGCUCUGCUGGGCAAACUCUGCAUCUUGGCUGCGCUCUUCAUCUCCAUACUGUACAGCAUCGAGCUGUUCCCCACGGUGGUCAGGCAGCGCUGUGUGUCCGUGGUGAACCUGUGUUUCCGGCUCGGCUGCUUGGUGAACUCCUUCGUACCCUCCAACCCAGAUGGGGCGAUCUCAUUGGCUGCCAUGGUGGUGUACAGCAGCGGACCAAUCGUAGGCUGCAGUCUGUGCCUGCUGCUGCCGGAGACCAGCGGCAUCCCGCUGCCCGACUCUGUGGAGGAUUGUGACCGGCAGCCUCGGCCCCGUCCCCCCAGUGUGAGCGCCCUCUGGAGGACACGGAAGCUGGUGAGCAGCCAAACCAGGAAACCAGAGAUCCUCCCUGCAGAGAAAGACGACACACACACUGGACCCAUAUGAACACACACACACACACACACUUAGUUCUGAUUUUAAAUUAAAGACCAAAGCGUCUUUUUGUUUUUAAAUAAACUUUAGGAUUUUAAACUAGUCUUCAAUGUCGAGACACUUUUAUAUUCUUGUGUUUUUUAAUGUAAAAAAUAACUAAGGGUCUAUAUUUUAUAAACACAUUUAAUAUAAAUAUAAUAUACAUUAAAUUUACAUGAAACACUUUAUACAUUUAAUAUAUUGCACUUUUGUAAUUCUGCACAUUUUCUAUGUAAAUUUGAAUGAAGAAAAACAAUAAAAUUGUAUAA